UUUUAGCUCACUUAUGAAUAAUUCAUGUACCAUAGCGUUUCCAUGUACGGAAAAAAUAUUUGCCACCAGUACCCGGCCGGCCGGCGGGCCUGGUGUGAAACUAUGUAGGCUAGCCUAGGCCCUACUCACAGCGUUUGGACUCUUGGAGACAUCAUUUGGGAUUUUUUUUGUCUAGCUUCGUCAUAUUUGUCGCCCCAAGAAAAGGGUGAGCAUUGGCAAUAAAUAUAAAUUGGAGCCUGUGUUGUAUAGAGAAUGUGUUGUUUGGAAUCCAGUAGAUGAGAGAGCCAUUAAUCAACAUGGAUGGUACUGAGUUCAAAAACUGGUUAUGUCACAUGGAGAAAACAUUUAUUCAAGACCUGAAUAAUGAUCAGCGUUGCUCAGCAUUAGACUGUCUUAUUGCAUCAUCGGGGGAUGUACAACUCCGCCAUUUAUCCACUAGAUUGGAAGGACUCUUGAAAAGGGAUUUUUUGCGACUUUUGCCCAAGGAACUAGCAAACUAUUUGUUGUCUUGGCUUGAUCCUAUAACUCUUGGAAGAUGCUGUCAAGUCAGUCAUCACUGGAAUAAAAUGGUGACAGAGUGUACAGAGGCAUGGCAACAGUCUUGCAGGGUCCUUGGAAUCCAAGUUCCAGAGGACCCUGACGAGGGUACCUGCGGGAGUAGAAUGAAGAAUGGACUUCACUGGAAGACAGUCUAUCAAAAGGCUCUCUGGAGGCUGAAACAGCUGAGAGAUGGAUCUGCGUUUGAUAGUACAACUCUACAAGGACACACAGCACGUGUCUACUCCUUGCACUACAGGGAAGGGAAAGUAGCCUCAGGCUCAGAUGAUCUAACUGUCCGUUUAUGGGAUGUUGCCAGUGGUAAAUGCUUGAAGGUUCUUCAGACGCACACUGUAGCUGACAUCAAAUUUGACGAUCUCAAGGUCAUAACUGCAUCUUUUGAUAAUACUAUUGCCUGUUGGGAUCUUGUUAGUGGUGAAAGAUUACAGCAAUUUUCAGGACAUUCAGGGGCAGUUUUUAGUAUAGACUACAGUGACAAGCUGGAUCUUCUAGUUAGUGGUUCUGCAGAUGAAACUGUCAAGCUUUGGAGACUAAGUGAUGGAAAUCACAUUACAACUCUUAACGGUCAUAGUGACUGGGUUAUACAGGUUUUAAUGCAGAUCUGUAUAGUAGAGUCUGAGAAGGUCCAGUCUGGUGAUCAUGUGAUUCUUACCAUGGAUAAGACUGUUAUCAAGGUAUGGCCUAUAUCAUCAUCGAGGGAAAUUGAAUGUGCUGCAAUGCUGACCUAUCCUAGCGAAGACUCAAGAGGGCAGCUUCUUCUUCCAAGGCUUCAGUUUGAUGGAAAAAUUGUGGCAUGUUCAUCAGAUAUUGGCAUCAUGCUUUGGGACUUUGCCACUCUAGACUUGGUCAGGUAAGAAGUUCUUUGUGUAUAGAUGGAAAUCCUUAUCAACACAUAGAGUGUCCCUCAGAUAGGAUGUGAAAUGUAGCCAUCAUGCAGAGGCAAUGAAUGUUUUAUGCAGUUGACAUGUUGACAGAUUUUCUUGUGAGCUCUAUCAGCUUCAUUUCUUCUCCAAUCAUCCCCAAAUGUGGCAUGAAGGUCCAUUUUAGUAAAGCAAAGCAGCCUAAUGAUUUCGGAGUGGAUGGAGAAAUGGUUGCCAUGGUAACUUUAUUUUUGUGGAAAAUUUGGUAAAACGUGUAACUUUCGCUUUUUUUUCCAGUUUGUCAUAAGUUGGCACACAGAAGUAAUAUUAGAAGGUGAAGCGAAGAUGCCUAUCAUUUUUUUUUUGGGGGGGGGUCUUAGGGUUAAGUUUACAAAACAUAUCCUGAUUACUCUAUAAUUGUACUUCCCAACUGCAACACUGGAUAUUCCACUGCAAUACUUUCCAGGAAGGUCCCCUUAACAACAUACUAAAAGUCCCCAAAAAUCUGAACAUGGGAAAUUCAUGAAAUUUGCU